AUGUUGCAAUCCUUGGCAACCUUUGGUGCCGGCGUAUUCACGGGGCAGGGCCUGCAGACCUGCCACGCAUCGCUUCCCCAGUGCAGCCUUGGCGAACAGGACAGGGCCCGGCUGUUGGUGCGCUGCCACGGUGCCCAAAUCCCUUCGUUGCCGGCACCUGGCGUCCUGUCGCGGCAGCGGCCGCAGCUCAGCAUCCGUCUUGGCGCCACGGAGAGGCAGACCGGGCCGGGAGAUUUUAUGGAGAGCGACAAGUUGUAUGGGAUGCCCGAGUGCAAUUGGCGCUUCGGGGAUGUGAUGACGUUUCUCGUCACCUUCGACGAUGUGCUCAGGGAGGGUGGCUUGCGCUUUAGCCUGCUUGCGAAAACGGACUUCCGAUUCGGACCUCUGCAGAUGGAGUUGGCACAGACCGUGGAGUUGGGUGCGGGAGCCCUGGACUUGAAGAAUGCUUUGCUGACAUGUGCACCCGUGCAGUCGCGGUCGCCGUUUGCCGGGCCAGCAACUGCUCGCUGCUGGGAUUCGCCCGUGCUGCGGAUUGACCUCAUUCAGAUGCAGUCUGCCUGUCCCCUGGACAUUGCCGCCACAGCAUUCGUGUCGGUUACCUACUUCGGAGAUCCGUCGUCGCUUCUUCAGAAAGCCGAGAAGGCUGACAAGCCACUGCUGAAAAGGAUAGCAGGCCCUUGCCUUGAUCCCUGUCACUGGGCAGAUCCCGAUGCUCAAGGGAGUGUGAUUCCAAGCUUUGCUGAGCCAGAUUCAGAACAGCCACCUGAUUCGGAGUACACCACCUGCGAAGUGCCCUCCUUCCUUUACAACAGCUGGUCACCGGAAGCAGAGUCUUUCCCAAGAGUGGCAUCUCCGGCUGGGCGUGCAGAACACUUUGUUUGGCCAGGAGCACGCAGCCGCGAUGCCGAGAUGCUGCGCACCACCGGGUUGAAGGGCUUCGCUGCAGGGAAGCAAGGCAUUCAGAAGUCCCAAGAUGGCCUCAGCCCUUCGACUUCGCUGCCGCAACCUCUCGUCGUCAAGCUCCGGCUGCAGCAGCCCGUGCCUUCCACGAAGCUUGAAUCGGAUGGUGUGCCGACAUGCAGAGGUGUGCUGAAAGGUAUCCUUCCGCUUUUGGAUUCGAUCUGGGACGAAAGUGUCACGAGCAGAGAACCGAAAUACAGUCAAGCCAUUCUCGUAACGGUGGCUUUGCUGACCAGCUGCUUUUCGCCUCAUGACUUCAAUUACAAGAUCUUCCAUCCCGCUCGUUUGCAGUUCUGCCCCCAGAAGGCUGGCUGCGACCGUGCCUCUUCAUCGCAGUUCAGGAGUUCAAGGACUGUCCACGUCGCAGGCCAAAAGACGGGCUUCCACCGCAAAUCUCGUUCGGCCGGGCGAGGUUUGGGGUGGACCCAUUUCCGAGAAAGUCGGCUCAGCGCCUUUAGAUUGGAAGAGCCUCGGCUUCGAGUACAUCCCGACCAAGUCACACAUUCGCGCGCAACCUGGAAGAACGGGGAGUGGAACACUGGCCACACAUUCAGGGAUCCGUACUUACCCGUUCACAUGCUUGCCAAUGUCUUCCACUAUGGCCAAGCCCUCUUCGAAGGCUUUAAAGGCUUUCAUACAAAGCAAGGGGAUGUAUGCCUGUUUGCAGACCGGUUGAGCUGGGCGCGCAUGAACCACGGAUGUCGACGCUUCCGAAUACCGGAGGUGCCCGUGCAAGUUUGGGAUCGAGCUGUUCACGAUGCGGUCAAGGACAAUGUUGCCUACGUGCCACCGCACGGAACCAACGGAGCUCUUUACGUUCGCCCCUUCAUCUUCGGGAGCGGUCCAAGGCUUGGCCUGGGCCCUUCCCCGGAGUACACCUUCGUGGUCUUCGUGAACCCGGUUGGCAGCUACUACAAGAACGAGGAGGGAGCAAUGCAAGCCCUGGAUGGGCUUGUGAAUGACUCUUACGACCGAGCUGCACCUCUCGGGUGUGGAGAUUGCAAAGCUGCUGGGAACUAUGCUGCUGACCUCGAGAGUAUGUACACAUCGAAAAGGAAGGGUUAUCCUAUCAGCCUGUACCUGGAUGCUGUCGAGAGACGGUACAUCGAGGAGUUUAACACCUCGAAUUUCGUGGCCAUCACGAAGGACGGGAAGUACAUCACUCCAGACGCUCCCCGGAGCGUCUUGAAUAGCAACACAAACAAGGUGUUGCUGCAGCUUGCCGACGACAUGUCAAUUCCGGUAGAGCGCCGUCGCAUCGACUUUGAAGCUGAGGUUGACAACUUCGCAGAAGUCGGAGCUGUUGGCACUGCUGUCGUUGUCACGCCCAUUCGGUCCUUGACACGUGGAGAUCGGACUUGGAAUUUUCAAGAGCCUCAGGUGCUACGCCAGCUGCGAAACAGGGUACGGGCGAUCCAAAACGGCGAGGUCAAAGACCCUGUGCUGCCAGAGUCACUUGCCGAGUCAUGGCUGGAUGCGGCGAGUGCAGCUAGAAGACGCACCGCCACAGUCGUUCCUCAGCGUCUACCCAGGCCUUUGACAUUGCAAAUCCAUCGGGAUGAGGUUUCAGUUCUUUCUGAGCGAUUUUAA